GCAACCGUAUAUUGUAGCAGCCCGUUUAGAUGUUUGUCGUAUGCUUAAUACAUCUUACGUACAAAUAGGUGUACUAUCUGCUACAAAAGGACUUAUUUCAGGCGAUAUCCAACUAAUUAUGAGCAAUGGUGAUGUAUUGAACUGCAAUGAAUAUUGCGGCGCCAUUGCAUUGCCCACAGAUUUUCAACAAUUGGAACGCAUUGUAACAGACGCCGACUUGCAAAUAUGGUUUGCGCAUUAUAUUAAUUACUGGCAAAGGAUAUCCCGACUGCACAACUCGCCAUAUUGUACAUAGGCUUGCUACCG